AUGGAGGGGGUGCAGAACGUGUACGACGACCCGGUGUUCUUCGAGGGCUACAAGAAGGUCUGGUCCCAGCCCAACCCCUACAACGACGGCAUCGAGCGGCCCGCCCUCCUCUCCCUCCUGCCCCCGCCCGACCAGUGGCGCCACCUCAAAUUCCUCGACCUCGGCUGCGGCACAGGCAAGCUGAGCUUCCCUCUGGCGGAAGGUGGCGCGACGGUGCGCGGGGUGGACGUCUCCCAGCGCAUGCUCACGGUGGCGCGCGAGCGGCUGGCGGCGGCUGACGACGACCUGCGGGCGCGGCUGUCGUUCGUCGAGUGCGCGCUGGAGCACUACGCGGACGCGGACGACACGUACGACGUGGUGGUGGCGGGCCUGGUCCUGCACUACGUGCGCGACGUCGCACCGCUGCUGCGCGCCGUCCGGCGGUGGCUCAAGCCCGGCGGCGCGCUGGUCUUCUCCACCGAGCACCCCAUCUGCACCUCGGCCCAGGGCCUCCACCCGGCCUACGUCAUCGACAACGAUCAUCAACCACCACAACAACCACCACAAGAUCAUCAACAAGAUCAUCAACAACAGCCAAAGCAACACAAGUACUAUGUGUACGAUCGGUAUCAUGAGGAGGGCGAGCGCCGGGCGACGUGGUUCGUGGACGGGGUGGUUCGGUACCACCGCACGAUGGCGUCGUGGGUCAACGGGCUGGUGGCGGCCGGGUUCGUGGUCGACCGCCUCCUGGAGCCGCGGCCCACCGCCGACGCCCUGGCCGCCUUCCCCGACCUCCGCCCCUUCGACCAGCGCCGCGUCAUCUUCCUCUGCGUGCGCGCCCUCAAGCCAACUUCUUCAUCAUCAACACCAACAUCAUCUUCUUCUGCGUGA